GAAAUAAAUAUUUCACACGAUUGUAACCUGCAGACAUCUUAUUAUAAGUAAUAUAAUGAAUAAACCUACACAUAAGAUAACAAAUGCGUUACAGCUAGCUGGAAGCUUCCGAUAAUUUGAUUAGCCUCGAACCCAACCACUUUCUCUCUUCUUCGUUGCCCGUAACAGGCUAACCAGUGAAAGUCUCCUAAAUUCGGUUACUCAUUAUCAGUACAUUUUUAUCGAGUAACAUGAAGUACCCGUGUCUAGCCCAUAUCUCUUUUCAAUUCAAUAAAUGCUGCGCUAAUCCAGUAUACCAUAAUACGUACACCCCGCAAAAAAAUCAGAUGGUCAGUUUCAGUCGGUUCGGGCAUUCGGAAUAGAUAUAAGAUAUUAUGCCGAUUCCUAUCGGACCUUGGCUUCGGGAGGCCGAAAAUAUGCGAUUUGGUUUAGGAUUGAUAACAGCGAGGACACGUGUAAUAUUUUCAAAACUGGAAGCUAUUUAAGGAGCGACUGUGCGAUGUUGGGCGGUUAGUAUGAUUCUUGUUAGCAUGUCGACUGCCAAUUAAAUCUCAAUUAGCGAUAAAAAGUAAAAUUGAUGUAAACUGCACAAGGGCAUUGUUUUCCGAAAUAUGCGUGCAAGUAAAAAUCAGUUAUAUAGUAAUAUAGAAGUGGAGUAGUGUAGCUGUUUGUGGUCCAAUAAAAAGUGGAAAGAAAUUGCGGAAAAAAGAUUAUAGUGUAACACAAAAAAACAAAUAUCAACCUUCAACCAUGCCGAUUGUUUCCAAGCACAUCGCCCGCUAUGUGGGACAAAUAGUUCCAAAUUUGUUACCGUCAACAACUCGCACCACGUCGGCAUUCCUGGUACAGAGCAGAAACUGUUCUUCCGGAGCGGAUCCAAACUACCCGGUGGUAAACCUUCCCGGGUUGGGAAAACUGAAAGGAUCGCUCACCAAGGGGGCCUGGACCGGAGUCCCGAUACAGCAGUUCUUGAAUGUUCGGUACGGCGAACCGGCCACCGGAGACCGGCGUUUCAAAGCCCCCGUCCCAGCAGAGCCGUGGGAAGGCAUUAGAGAUGUGUCGAAACGGGGUCGGACUUCUCCCUACUACGGUGAUAUGAAGAAGAUGCCCAAAGAGCAACUCCAGGACGAUUUGGAAGAUUGCAUCAGCUUGUGUGUGUACACGAAGGAUCUUUCAGCCAAGAAGCCGGUAAUUGUCUACAUCCACGGUGGUGGAUUCUAUAGCGGGAGCGCCGUCCAACACCCGCCGGAAUACCUCCUAGAGAAAGACGUAGUCCUAGUGGUUCCCCAGUAUCGGUUGGCUGCGCUAGGUUUCCUCUCCACCAAAACAGAGAACAUCCCCGGAAACGCUGGAAUCGCUGAUGUGCUCCUAGCGUUCCAGUGGGUUCAGAAGUACAUCGAGCACUUCGGAGGCGAUCCCCAGCAGGUGACUGCAUUCGGUCAAUCCGCGGGAGCCGCCAUUAUUUCAGCUCUGACGUUUAGCCCCGUGGCUGACGAGUCUUUGUUCAGCAAGGUCAUCCUUAAUUCGGGAUCUGGAUUGGCUAGCAGCUGGUCAGUUGACAUCAACUCCGAACGAAAUGCAAGAGACAUCGCUCGGAGGGCCGGAUUUGAUCCGAAGGCACCGUUGGAAGAGGUGGAAAAAUUCUUGAUACAACUCGACACGUAUACAUUGUUGAAGGCGUUUUCGCAGCACAUGUGGCAAGGAACUCCGAAUGGAAUAAAUUCCAUUGGUGGACAUCGGUUCACGAUCGGUGGCCCAUCACCUAUUCUUCCAAAGAGUCCAUAUGAAGUGAUGAAACGGGGUGGAGGCCGCAAGAAUCUUCCCAUGCUGACGGGAGUAGUUAAACAUGAAGGCACUUUUGCUUUGGUGGAUAUUUUUGCCAUAUUGGGUGCCCUGAAGGUGCUCGGAAACAAACAGUUUAUGCAGUACGAGCUUCUGGAAGAAGUUCCAAGAAUUUUAGCGUCCACUGAAACCAGCAACUCAUUGGGACCGUUGAUCGCCAGAGCUUUGUUUAACGUUGACGAUCUGAAGUCUGGGGAUGUUCGGAAACUCAUUCCUGCCUUGAUAGAUUACUGUGGAGCCGUCAUCAUCAAGUCUACAGUUCUACGAUCGGCCCAGUUCAACAGUAAACACAACCCAGAUAACACUUACGUGUACAGCUUCGACUACUACGGAGAGCACACGCGAUUCGGAUUCGACCAAGACAUCAGUAAGAUUCCGUUCGAUGGAGGAGUUCACCAUACCAACGACCUUCUAUAUCUCUUCCCGUAUCCGAAAACUGCCGCAAAGCUCAACGAACAGGAUACUGAGAUGGCUAAAAAGAUGGUCGACCUAUGGACAUCAUUCGCAAUCGAUGGGGUUCCGAAAACCAAGGACCUACCCGAAUGGCCAGUUUUCAACAACGUUUACGGGCCCUAUCUCCACAUCAACAAGCAAUUCAGUAUCGGACAAAACUUCCUGGAUGAGCACACGGUUGCGGGUGACGAAGCAGCAAAAGCUGCAAAGAAAAAAUGACUUCAACGUCCUUCAUUAUUUCCCACCGAAUAUAAAUGUGAAACGUGUA